GUUGCUAUGGCUAUUCCGUGGAAUAUUCGCGGGUCAGCUUCCCAGAUCUUGUUUCGAGAGAAGAGAUCAUCCCAAUACCAAGCCUUGCUUGCAUUAGCGGACGUGCCCCACCCAGAUCGGUCUCUACUAGGCGGGUUUGUCAAUGAUGCUUCCAACCCCGAAAAAAGCAGCGAAAUACUUCCUUCAUAUGACCUCCAUGGAGGAUGGCUGCGGCCGACGUUGGCGACCUCACUGUCAAGUGAAGCCAAGACGCUUGUUUUUGAAAGGGAUGCCGGUCGCUGCUGUCUUACACGUACUCUGUUCAAGUCGCCCUUGGAUCGUGAUCUAGUAUUCGUUCACAUAAUCUCGCCUUACGUCUUGUCCGACCCAGAUCUUUCAGAAGAAACUGCUCUUUAUGAGAUGCUGAGCAGCUUUCUAUCCGAAGAACUGAUGGAGGCCAUAAGAAAAGCCCAAGGCGAGCAGCCUGAGAAGCUUGAUAAUAUCUGCUUGUUGUCGAAGCAAGCCUUCCAUGCCUUGAAGACAGGAGACGUCUUUCUUACGUCCCAAAGCUGGAGCAAUUCUCCUGACAAAAAGCAGCAACAAACCGUAAUACACCUCGAGAGCGGAACCCCGCAAUUGGCACCUAUUGUUAGCGAAGACCUUAUCCAUGUUCACGCCUAUUUCUCGAAGUCCUUAGCGUGGAUAGAGACGAAAAUGCGUAUGAAUACCUCGCAUGAAUACAAUGCUCCAAGGCAUGAGAGCGAGCUCUGGCAUAACUUCUUUUUGCCUUCCCUGAUAUCCCCGUUCUCGCUUUUCCGACGCUUCUGGCCAGUCAUACCUCCUUCCGUUAGGUCAUGCAUCUACGACACUCUAAUCUGCAUCGGCUCUCGAAUAUAUGAACCAGCACUCUCGAUGACUGUCUUCAGGCUACCAUUUAGCUUGUAUUUGCGCCGGGGACCGACGAGCCUGGGAUCAAAAUAUCAUGCUGAAGUCCACACUCUCAACAUGGUAGAGCAAUCAACAAGUAUCCCUGCACCAAGGGCGAUUGAUGUCCUGGAAACCCCUCGAUCCUCUUAUUUGCUCAUGACGCGGGUCCCGGGGCGCCCGAUCGGCCAUUUUCUCAAUACCAUGACCGACGAACAGAUUAAGCAAGCUGUAGAUGAUUUGAAGACAUUUAUUGCUGAGCUGCGGAGGAUUCCUCGCCCCGCGACAGAAUAUCAAAUAUGCAAUUCCCAAGGCGGAGGCUUUCUGGAUUGGCGAAUCCCAGACAGUCAGCGUGGGGAACUACGAUUCGAGAGUGAAGCUGAUUUCAACCGAUACUUGACCGAGCCCUCUGGGGAAAAGGUUCGGGCGGAUGCUGCAAAAUCGCACAAUAUCCGUCACGAUAUCGUUUUUACUCAUGGUGAUUUGAACCCAAGAAACAUUCUUGCAGAAGGGGGCCGGAUAACUGGUAUAGUCGAUUGGGAAAAUGCAGGGUGGUUUCCGGAGUAUUGGGAGUAUUCGAAAAUGCAUUACACCGUCCGGCAUGUGAUGCAUUGGCUUGUUGAUGUUGUUGACAUUGUAUUUGAGGGCUAUCGCGAUGAAUUGCAUGUGGAAAACAUGCUUUCGGAUCUUCUGGGUCCAUUUUAG